UGAUGUUCAAGUUUUUUUUUUUUUUUGUUGUCCUCAAUGAUUGGGUCCAUCUGAGUAAAUGCGUAUGAGAUUGAUGAAUCACAUUACAACUACUCCUUAUAAGAUUCUGCGAUCUACCCCAUGAUCAAUUAGUCCCCAGACUCUCUCCAAGAUUCCCUCUUUUUGUUUUCUUGUCGUUCUGGGUUCUUUUGGGUCUACACAAAAAUCGAAGCUUUUCUUCUUCUGGGGUUUGUCACGUUGAUGGUCAUCUAUUUCUCAAAAUCAGGACAACAAAGUUUGGAUUUUUCCAAUCAAUUCUCUCACUUUAAGAGAUUUCAUCUGUAUAAGAUCUCUCGAGGAAACAUCAGCAUUUUGUAUCAGAAGAAGAACAAGAGGAGAGACCAGAGGCUCUUAUCUACAACUUUGUGCUCUGCUGCUCUAUGCGAUAAAAAGAUGGUGGCCUUUGGGAAAUAUUUGCAGCGGAAACAGAUUGAUGAAUGGAGAGGCUAUUACAUCAAUUACAAAUUGAUGAAGAAGAAAGUGAAGCAAUAUGCUGAACAAAUCCAAGGCGGAUCUCAACAUCCUCGCCAUGUUCUCAAAGAUUUCUCAAGGAUGCUCGAUACUCAGAUUGAGACAACUGUCCUUUUCAUGUUGGAACAACAAGGGUUGCUCGCAGGGCGAUUAGCCAUAUUGAGGGAAACUCAUGAUGCUAUACUUGAGCAGCCUGACAUAUCGAAAAUUGUUGAGCUACGAGAAUCAUACAGAGACGUUGGACGAGACCUUCUUCAGCUUCUGAAAUUCGUUGAGCUUAACGCCAUUGGUCUGCGCAAGAUACUUAAGAAAUUUGACAAACGGUUUGGCUAUAGAUUUGCUGAUUAUUACGUGAAGACCCGCGCUAAUCAUCCUUACUCUCAGCUUCAACAAGUCUUUAAGCAUGUGGGUGUAGGAGCUGUUGUUGGGGCUAUUUCACGCAAUCUUCAUGAGCUUCAAGAAAAUGAAGGAAGCUUUUAUUCAAUUUAUGACCAACCCGUUCUUCCUCUUCAGGAUCCAGUGGUUGAGGCAAUAAAAACCGCAGUAGACAAGCUAACGCACUCGACAAAUUUCCUUAACUUCUUGGCACAACAUGCUCUCAUCAUGCAAGAUGAGUUGGUGACUCCUUCAGAGGAUGCAAUCGAUGAGCGGGCUUACCAUUUUAAUUCGUUACUCCUGAAUCUAGGAAAUACAUUUUUGUACAUGGUCAACACUUAUAUCAUCGUCCCUACAGCAGAUGACUAUUCAAUGAGCCUUGGUGCUGCAGCAACGGUUUGCGGUGUUGUCAUUGGAUCUAUGGCUAUCGCUCAAGUUUUCUCAUCAGUUUAUUUCAGCGCGUGGUCCAACAAAUCUUACUUCAAACCUCUUGUGUUUAGCAGCAUUGCGCUCUUUAUUGGAAACUUAAUGUAUGCGUUGGCUUAUGAUGCCAAUUCUAUAGCGCUUCUCUUACUCGGCCGUGUCUGUUGUGGGUUGGGAUCAGCAAGAGCUGUGAACCGGAGAUAUAUUAGUGAUUGUGUGCCUUUGAGAAUCCGAAUGCAGGCAUCAGCAGGUUUUGUGAGUGCUAGUGCACUUGGAAUGGCUUGUGGUCCCGCGCUUGCUGGUUUACUCCAAAUCAAAUUCAAGUUCUACAAGUUUACAUUUAAUCAGUCUACUUUGCCUGGGUGGGUUAUGGCUGUGGCCUGGCUUUUCUAUUUGGUAUGGCUAUGCAUAUCAUUUAAAGAGCCAUUGCGUGACACAGAGGAUGAAGAAAAAACCAAUCCAAAUGAAACAACAUCAAUGACAGAUAGAGUUGAAAGUAGCAGAGUCGAAGAAGGUCUUCGAAAGCCCUUGCUGAUUACUUCAGGAAUCAACCCAGAAGAUGAAGAGGACUGCAAUGAAAGCGAAGAAUCUCAAGAAGAUUCUCACAAACCUGCAAAUUCUUUCAGAUCAGCUUACCAACUUCUUACUCCAUCUGUUAAGGUUCAACUAUUGAUCUACUUCAUGCUCAAGUACGCAAUGGAAAUACUACUGUCAGAGUCUAGUGUCAUUACUUCAUACUACUUUAGUUGGUCAACAAGCUCUGUUGCCAUCUUCCUAGCCUGCCUUGGUCUCACGGUGCUGCCAAUCAACAUUUUGGUUGGAAGUUACAUCAGUAAUAUGUUUGAAGACAGGCAAAUCCUUUUAACAUCUGAGAUCAUCGUCUUCUUUGGGAUUCUCUUCAGUUUCAAUCUGUUUGUUCCAUACACUGUACCACAAUAUGUGAUCUCAGGUCUCGUUAUGUUCGUAGCUGCUGAAGUACUCGAAGGUGUGAAUCUGUCGUUGUUAUCGCGAGUAAUGUCAUCGAGGCUGUCGAAAGGAACAUACAACGGAGGGUUGCUGUCGACAGAAGCUGGAACGUUGGCUCGGGUUGUGGCGGAUGUAACCAUAACAUUGGGAGGAUACUUGGGACGAGGCCAUCUCUUGAAUGCUACUCUUCUACCAUCUCUUGUCAUCUGCAUUGGCUCCAUUGUUGCUACUUGUUGUACUUAUAACUCUCUCUAUUGAUUUUGGAGUUUUGCUACCAAUUUUCUAAAAUAGAAUAAGAAACAGUGUGUAUGAUCAUCCUCUCUUUAUUUGAUUAUAUUUGUCGUCACCAAUGUUCCAAUUAA